CGGCGGAGGAGGCGGAGGCAGCGGGGGCCGGUACUGGACCCGGCGGGAUGAGCGAGGCGGAGGCGGCAACAGUAGCGACAGCGGCCCCCGCGGCGACGGUGCCCGCGACGGCGGCAGGAGUGGUAGCGGUGGUGGUACCGGUGCCCGCGGGGGAGCCACAGAAAGCAGGCGGCGGGGUCGGAGCCGCCUCGGGCCCCGCUGCGGGGACCCCCUCGGCGCCGGGUCCCCGCACCCUUGGCAACCCGGCGACGGCAGCCUCGGGGACCCCUGCGCCUCCGGCCCGGAGUCAGGCGGACAAGCCGGUGCUGGCAAUCCAAGUCCUGGGCACUGUCAAAUGGUUCAACGUCCGGAAUGGUUACGGAUUCAUCAACAGGAACGACACCAAGGAGGAUGUCUUUGUUCAUCAGACGGCCAUCAAAAGAAACAACCCCAGGAAGUUCCUGCGCAGCGUGGGAGACGGGGAGACGGUGGAGUUCGAUGUCGUGGAGGGAGAGAAGGGCGCUGAAGCUGCUAACGUAACUGGGCCGGGGGGCGUGCCGGUCAAGGGCAGCCGCUAUGCCCCCAACCGACGCCGGUUCCGCCGCUUCAUCCCCCGGCCGCGCCCUGCCGCCCCGCCGCCCAUGGUGGCCGAGGCCCCGUCGGGCGGGCUCGAACCGGGCAGCGAAGGGGAGCGGGCCGAGGACUCCGGGCAGAGGCCCAGGCGGCGGCGUCCACCCCCCUUCUUCUACCGCCGGCGCUUUGUGCGAGGCCCUCGGGCCCCCGGCCAGCAGCAGCCCCUACAGGUCCCCGACGGGGUAGAGCCCAAAGAGGUGGCCCCAUCGGAGAGAGACCUACAGCAGGGAGAUGAGCGGGUCCCCCCACCCAGAUUCCGGCCUAGGUACCGAAGGCCCUUCCGCCCCAGGCCGCCCCAGCAGCCUACCACAGAAGGUGGGGAUGGUGAGACCAAGCCCAGCCAAGGCCCCACGGACGGGUCCCGGCCUGAGCCCCAGCGCCCACGAAACCGCCCCUAUUUCCAGAGGCGGCGGCAGCAGCCCUCCGGACCCAGGCAGCCCACGGCCCCAGAGACUGCAACGCCCAUCAACAGCGGGGACCCCCCCACCACACUGGAGUGACUCCAACUCGAAGGACACGCAGAGCUGCCGUCGGGUUAUCUGCCAGUUUUUCCAACUGCCCUGUGCCCCACCCAGCACCCCUCCCCGCUUCCUGUAAUUCAUGACCUCACAACAACGGCUUUCCCCUUUUUCUGGAGACUCAGGAGGGCCAGAGCGACAGGCUUUUGCUUUCUCCACCUCCCCGCCCCCUCCAGCCGGGGUAGAAGGAAGGGACCCAGCCUUCUUGUUCAGAGGCCCCACCUCCCUCCCCGGAAUCAGGCUGAGAAGGACCCAGCCCCCCUGCCCUCCUCCUGGUGGUUUUUCUUUCCAAACCCGGUUUAUUUUGUCUCCCUUCUAGCCCCUAUCUCUUAAGCCAUUUUAUGAACCGUCAUGUGUCACCUGAGCCUCCAGUAAAAACAAAAACAGGCUUUUCUGUGG